CGCAGUAGGAAACGAAAACGCAGCCUUCCGCCGCUCCUGCCUCUCCUGCUGUUGCUGCUGCUUCUGUUGCUUCUUCUUGAAGGAUCUCAGCAAAGUCUGCAGCUGCUCACAGAACAGCCAUGCAGGCUCAAGAUGUCCUCAGACAGCUGCGAAUACCCGAGCUGGAGGACUUUCGACAAUAUGUCCGAGGCUUCCCCACGAACGCCCUCAUGGGUGUGGGUGCCUUCGCCGCCAUCACCACCUACUGGUUCGCCUCCCGACCGAAAGCCCUCAAACCGCCCUGUGAUCUGGGACUGCAGUCAUUGGAAAUACCUGGGGGAGAGCGUGCCAGAAGGUCAGUGCUAAACGACAGCGACAGCGAGUACUUGACACAUUAUUACGACGACGCACAAACGAUAUACCAGGUGUUCCAGCGAGGACUAAGAGUGUCAAAUAACGGACCUUGCCUUGGGUCGAGGAAGCCAAACCAGCCGUAUGAGUGGCAGUCUUAUCAAGAGGUGGUGGAUAGAGCAGAGAACAUAGGCUCUGCCCUUCUCCACAGAGGUCAUUUUCACACAGGCGACAAGUUUGUCGGCAUCUUUUCACAAAACAGGCCCGAGUGGACGAUCUCAGAGCUGGCCUGUUACACGUACAACUUGGUGACCGUCCCGCUGUACGACACGCUCGGCACAGAGGCCAUCGGCUACAUCAUCGAAAAAGCUGCCAUCUCAACGGUGAUCUGUGACGUCGCUGACAAGGCGCGGCUGAUUCUGGACUGCAUCACCGGGCAGGGAAAGACGGUGAAGACCAUCGUUCUCAUGGAAGCCUUUGACACGGAUAUGGUGACCCGAGGAACACAGAGCGGGGUUGAGAUUCUCAGUCUGAAGGAGUUUGAGGCCAUUGGCAAAGCAAAUCCUCAGAAACCAACACCUCCCGAACCAGAUGACCUUGCAGUCAUCUGCUUUACCUCUGGAACCACAGGAAACCCUAAAGGAGCGAUGCUUACUCAUCGAAAUGUAAUCUCCAACACAGCAGCGUUCAUUAAAGUAACACAGGGCACACUGAACCCCAGUCACAAAGACGUGGUCAUCUCCUUCCUCCCUUUGGCCCACAUGUUUGAGAGGGUGGUGGAGUGUGUCAUCCUCAUCCACGGGGCACGAAUAGGCUACUUCCAAGGAGACAUCCGGCUCCUCAUGGAUGACCUCAAAACUCUGCAGCCUACCGUCUUCCCCGUCGUCCCCCGUCUCCUCAACCGCAUGUUUGACAAGGUUUUCAGCCAGGCCAACACGCCUCUGAAAAGAUGGCUGCUGGAUUUUGCCUUCAGACGGAAGGAAGCAGAGCUGAAAACCGGAGUGAUGAGAAAGGACAGCAUGUGGGACAAACUCAUCUUCAAAAAAGUACAGGUGAGCCUUGGCGGUCGAGUGAGGCUCAUAAUCACCGGAGCGGCCCCUGUGUCUCCAACCAUCCUGACUUUCCUGCGGGCUGCUCUCGGCUGUCAGUUCUACGAAGGCUACGGCCAGACCGAAUGCACAGCUGGUUGCACCAUGUCCAUGCCUGGGGACUGGUCUGCAGGUCACGUCGGGCCUCCCCUGCCAUGCAAUGCGGUAAAACUGGUGGAUGUGGCAGAAAUGAAUUACCUGGCAGCCAACGGAGAAGGAGAGGUGUGUGUCAAAGGACCAAAUGUUUUCAAGGGAUACUUGAAGGACCCUGAUAGAACAGCGGAGGCAAUCGACAAGGAUGGGUGGCUGCACACGGGAGACAUUGGGAAAUGGCUUCCUAAUGGCAUUCUGAAGAUCAUCGACAGGAAGAAGCACAUUUUCAAGCUGGCACAAGGGGAGUACAUCGCCCCGGAGAAAAUAGAGACCGUAUAUAACCGCAGCGAUCCAGUGGCUCAGAUAUUUGUUCACGGCGAUAGCCUAAAGGCGUGCCUGGUGGGGAUCGUGGUACCGGACCCAGACUUUUUACCCAUUUGGGCCAAGAGAAAAGGAUUUGAAGGCUCUUACCUUGAGCUGUGCAAGAACAAGGAUGUAAAGGCGGCCAUUCUGGAGGAUAUCCUGAGCUUGGGCAAAGAAGCUGGACUGAAAUCCUUUGAGCAGGUCAGGGAUAUCGCUUUACAUCCGGAGAUGUUUACUGUCCAAAACGGCCUGCUCACCCCCACCCUGAAGGCCAAGAGGAACGAGCUGCGGAGUUACUUCAGAGAGCAGAUUGAUGAACUUUAUGCCAAAAUUAAAAUGUGAGCUGGAGCCGAGGAAUCGCCGCUGCGUGGUCCCACACACACCGCCAAAUCAUUUCUUCAGAAGAUCCUCAAUGUUUGUCUCUGCCAGGCGACAAUUCAAGCAAACAGGGCAAUGAAUGUCAAUUUAAUACCUUACCUUGAUGAAAAAAAAUUAUAAUUGUACAGGAACUCUUGAAAAAUCACAAGGAGGAAAGAUGAGCUUCUUAUGCCUUUCACUGCCAUUAGAUCUCCUGAUGGUCAGAAAACCUAAGCUCCUCAACAAAUAUUAACUUUUUAUUCAGUCUGGGAGAAAAUAUUCCUACUAAAGUGCUUUUACAUUGACUCAGUCACAACUAUUUAUAUACCAAGCUUAUUUAAUGAUUUGGUAAACUAUUUAAGUUGGUAUUUAACGUGAUCAUCAAGCCUGUAAAUAGUUUAUGUGCUGGAAAACUAUAUUUGUACGCAGAAAUAUAGUGUGAGACUCUGUAGUUAUAAUCUCCUGCAUUCCCGUGUGUCUCAGUAUCGAAGGCUGGAGGACAGACUUGUUUAGGAUGUAUAAAGCAAGGUUUGGUCUGUUCGGGCUCAUGUGCCUUUGCUUUGUUUUUGUAUAGAGCAUGUAAAAUACUGGAUGUAGCUAUAUUAUAAAAGCUUUGACUUCUCCAAAAGAGGGACACAUGACUAAGUUGAUGCCAUAACAAACAUAAAACCAUGAGAACAAGGCUUUUAAUUAGAGAAGCACCAAUCAAAGAUCUCCGGGUUUUGCAGAUGCUAACUUUAGCCAAUCCUGAUUUCUCUUUAGCAGCUGUAACAUGAGGAAAUGUAAGAACAGCAGUGGAACAUGAGAAGCAGAGGUUACAUGAUGCCACAUGUGUGCGUGGUGGUUGUAAAACAAGGCUUUGAUAUCAUUUUUAAUCAGGAUAAAAGGAUUACGGAGUUGACAUUUUAAGCGGCCCUUUAGCAUGUUAGUAAUGGUUAGCACGCUCGGUGGCGCUAAAUCAAGUCGCUCUGUGCAUUUGCUACAGAAUGUAACUCCUUUGUGAUCCACUGAGGUUUUCAAAGACCUGUUGACUUUUCCAAAUCCAGCAAUUUCUGAGGGCGAAAGCCAAAAAGGAUUAAAAUGAACAAAUUGGCUGCAAUAUGUUCAGCCUUCCCGUUAUCUGCUAAAAGUCUGACUCUCUCUGACAUGUCUCAACGCGUCAUGGACAGUAGUUUCCUUUCAAAUGUUUUUUUUUGUUUUUUUUUACACCUUCAGAGCUUCCUUUGAUGCCAUUUCAAGCGCCACAGUGAGACUAAAAAUAGAUGAUUUCGAGUCUUCUUCCCUCCAUUAUAGCGCCCACACCAAAUAGUGUCGUUUUUACUGCAGCUUGGUAGCAUUUAGGUGCAAUGGCGUCCACUGAUCUGAAAAAGAUCAAAUGUUAAAGUGUCCUACUGGCUGGCUGGUCUCACCAGAGCCAAUCAAUCAAUCAAUCAAUCAGCCUUAUUAUUCAUACGGAUUAUGAAACAUUAGCAGGUAGCGAGGAUCCGUUUGUCCAAACCCGUAUGUCGCGCAUAAUCUUUUGUCGUCUUCGUUACAACCAUCAGGGGCUUUGUUGUCUGCUCUGUAAACAACUUACUGUCACUGCUGGGAGCCUUGAAAUGGUUCUUUUGAGUUUAAACAAAGCCUCAGACAACACUCCCCCAUAAAAAAACUCUACUCUUCCGACGUCAAAAACAAAUAAACGAGGUUGACGUACUGGCAAAGUAGUUGUAUACUUUAGUAUUUCUUGCUUCAACAUCUGCAGGGAAAAUAGAUUUGCUUAUUCAGUCAUGUGACUUCAAGUCUGAAACGUGCAAGACAGUGAUGAAAAAAAAAAAAAAAUGAUCCGCUGCUUUUAUUCACAGAUAAAAGUCAAUCUGUCUGAGACGUUUGUGCAGGGUAGUGGAUUUGUGUUUUUGGUGAUGAACAGUUUAGGAAAUAGAAAUACUAAAAUGUUUUUUAAGGAAGGGAUAUAUAUAACAUUUCUGUUGUGUUUGUAACUAAAUCAUUUCUUUUGAGGCAGUGAAAUUGGUGAAAACUUGAAAGUGUUGUAAAUUGCAAAGCUGUGCUGCUAAUAGUUACAAAAAAUGGUACUUUCCUGGGUCAAGUUUAAAGUUUCGUUAUAAAAUUUGGAGGCCACCGGCCUCAAGAUAAAGAUUUAUAGACUUGUAUAGAUAUUACAGAAGUGUUUGGAGGGAAGAUGUUUUCUUGUGAUGAUGUUCCGAAAGACAGCUUUUCAAAUUUAACUCACGUGUCCUUUAACGAUGGCCUGGAAUCUUUAUUUAAGCUGCCAAAAAAAA